AUGGCUACUGCUGCUACUGCUGCUCCCAGCAGCACCUCCUUCAAGGACAAGGAGAAGCCCAUGGCCGUGCGGCAGUCUAACAUUCUCGCUGCCAGAGCUGUCGCCGAUGCAAUCCGAACGUCACUGGGUCCCAGGGGAAUGGACAAAAUGAUCCAAACACCCAAGGGAAACACCAUCAUCACCAACGACGGAAACACGAUGUUGAGGGAUAUGAGCGUGAUGCACCCCGCCGCCCGAAUGCUCGUCGACCUGAGUGCGGCCCAGGAUGUUGAGGCUGGAGAUGGAACAACAUCAGUCGUCGUCAUUGCCGGAAGCUUGCUGGGUGCGGCCGAGCGCCUGCUUGGAAAGGGUAUUCACCCUACUGUGAUAUCCGAGUCGUUCCAGAGAGCCGCCGCCGCCGCUGUCGAGAUCCUUCACAACAUGUCGCGGCCGAUCAACCUGAUGGACCGCUCCACCCUCCUGCAAGCCGCGUCUACCUCGCUUUCCUCGAAGAUCGUCUCACAGCACUCCAGCCUCCUCGGACCGAUGGCCGUCGACUCGGUGUUGAAGGUGGUCGACCCCAAGACGGCGGAGAACGUGGAUCUCAGGAAUAUCCGUAUCGUUAAGAAGGUCGGCGGGACGAUUGAGGACAGUGAGAUGGUUGACGGCCUCGUCCUGAACCAGGGCGUUAUCAAGAGCAGCGGUGGACCCACAAGAAUUGAGAAGGCCCGGAUAGGUCUGAUCCAGUUCCAGCUCAGCCCGCCCAAGCCUGAUAUGGAGAACCAGAUCGUCGUCAACGACUACCGCCAGAUGGACAAGAUCCUGAAGGAAGAGCGCCAAUACCUGCUCAACAUGGUCAAGAAGAUCCAGAAGACAAAGUGCAACGUUCUUCUGAUCCAAAAGUCCAUCCUCCGUGAUGCCGUCAACGACCUUUCUCUCCACUUCCUUUCCCGACUCAAGAUCCUCGCCAUCAAGGACAUUGAACGCGACGAGGUCGAGUUCCUCUGCAAGAGCUUGGGCUGCAAGCCCGUCGCCAACGUCGAAUCUUUCACCGAAGACAAGCUCGGUACCGCCGACCUCGUAGAGGAGGUCCAGUCAUCCGGUGCUCGCUACGUCAAGAUCACCGGCAUCAAGGCCCCCGCCACCUCGGUCAACCAGACCGUUUCCAUUGUCGCCCGCGGCGCCAACAACCUCAUCCUCGACGAAGCCGAGCGUUCCCUCCACGAUGCCCUGUGCGUCAUCCGCUGCCUGGUGAAGAAGCGCGCCCUCAUCGCCGGUGGCGGUGCCCCCGAAAUCGAAGUCGCCAAUACCCUCGCCAAGCGCGCUCGUGAGCUCACCGGCACAGAGUCCAUCUGCUGGAAGGCGUUCGCUGAGGCCAUGGAGGUCAUCCCCACCACGCUCGCCGAGAACGCCGGCCUUAACUCCAUCAAGGUCGUCACUGACCUGCGACACCGCCACGCCCAGGGCCAGCAGAACGCCGGAGUGUCCAUCCGCAGCGGCGGCGUGAAAGACGACAUCACCGACGAGAACAUCCUGCAGCCUCUGCUGGUCAGCACCAGUGCAAUCGAGCUCGCGGCGGAGACGGUGAAGAUGAUUAUGAGAAUUGAUGACAUCGCUCUCUCACGGUAA